UGCUACUGAUAAACGGAAGCUCAGCGGCCAAGAUGAAUAUCAAUGGUCUCAACGUUACUUUAAUCCUGUUAUUGGCGGUAGCAACCUUAUUAAUGUGUUGUAGUUAGAUAGUUUUUGUGAAACACUGACACACGGUCCUUUUUACCAUUAAUGAAAGGACCGUGGCACUCGAGUCUCGCUUUGUUUACACUGCAGCAGAUGGUUAACGGCGUAGAUUAGCUACUUUGCUACGUGCAGUAAUAAUGGAAUCCCAAUGUGAGUAUGUCAUGUACUUUCCCGCCGCUCCAAUAUCGAGUCUGUCAGACCCGGCGCAGUAUACAACUCUUCCGCGGCGAAAGCACGUCUACCUCGGGGAGGUGGUCCAGUUCCUGCUGGUCCUGCGGUCUCGGACCGCGGCGGGGAGGAGGGAUGACAGCUCCGGUGUUUUACCCUGGAAGGACCUGGCUGGUUCUCUCUUAGCUGUGGCGAGUGUGAGCGUCGCCGAGAGCCGGCAGCAGAGACCCGACGAGUACCAGCCAGACAUACAGAGCACCUGCAGUGAGGACGAAGGAGGGGAAGAGGAGCCCGGGGAGAGGGAGAGCGAGCGGACUUUCAGACAGUGCAGCCCGCAUCUCAUUCACAACAGCUCGGCUAGUGAUGGGCGGCAGCAUGGAAGGGAACCGGUGAAGUCUGCUCUGGUGCUAGAUGACCAGGUUAUCUUCUGUCUCACUGUCUCUUUGGACAAGCUGCCAGUCAACACACUUAAAGCCAAGAUUAUAGUGACUGUGUGGAAGCAGGAGGAGGAGAAGGUGGAGGUGAGGGAACAUGGCUACCUCACUCUUCUGCAGCUCAGGAGUCCAACACACACCUUCAGACAGGACCUCAACACCUUCAAGGCACAAGUUAGCACCAUCCUGAAUGUUCUUCCACCGCCUAGCGUGCAGUGUCAGCUCAUGGCUGUCUCUGGAAAACACCUGACUGUCCUCAAAGUGUUGAACUGCAGCUCUCAGGAUGAGGUGUGUGUCAAAGAUGUGAAGAUUCUGCCCAACUAUAACUCGUCCUACCUCCCCAUGAUGCCAGAUGGUUCAGUUCUCAUAGUCGACAAUGUCUGCCACCAAUCAGCUGAGGUAACUGUGGCUUCAUUCUAUCGGAUAGACAGUGAGUCAUCACAUUUACCCAGCAUGCUCAGCGCCCUGGAGGAGCAGAACUUCCUGUUCCAGCUGCAGCUACAAGACAAAGCAGAGGAGGACUCCAGUGAGGGUUUGGAAAUUCCGUUGGUGGCUGUGUUACAAUGGUACACUCCAACACUGCCUUUAACGAGAUACAUCUCCAGUUGUUACUCACUGCCCAGUAUCCGCCUGGAUCGUCCUCGGCUGGUGAUGACAGCUUCCUGUCCUAGUGCUGUCAAGCCUCUGGAGCACUUCUGGGUAAAAUACACCCUACUUAACAACUUGCAGGACUUCCUGGCCGUCCGUCUGAUCUGGAAUUCGGAUGCUGAAAGAGGAGGCCAGCAGGACUACAGGGUGGGGGCAGUGGUGUGCCAGUCUCCCCUCAACAACCUGGGACAGUGUAGGAAGGGCUCCACCAUCUCCUUCACUGUGGCCUUCCAGAUCCUCAGGACUGGACUCUUUGAGCUGAGCCAGCACAUGAAACUGAAGCUCCAGUUCACAGCCUCAAUGUCCACUCCUCCCGUGGAGCCUAGAUCCCCACUGAGGAACUCUCCAUCAUCAUCGUCCAGCCCUACGGCCAGAGAGCUGCUGGAGAGACACAGCCUGGGCCGAUCGCAGAGCUUCUCCCACCGGCAACCGUCCAGGUCACACCACGUCAGGUCAGGCAGUGUGAUGGAGUGUAGAGCCAUCACCCCUCCCGUCGGACCUCCAGCGGGCAGAAGCCCAUACCUGCCUCCUGACCACACCCUCAUUUCACUGGACAAAAUAGCCAAGAGAGAGUGUAAGGUGUUAGUGCUGGAACCAAUCCAAGAGGCACACAGCAGAUGACCUGGAGAGGAAGGUUUUGCUGUAGACACAGUGUAUUGUCCCUCUGUCCAGCCGCCAAAGAUUCAUCCUCCGCCUGAAGGCAACAAGAUAUGGAUGGAGUGAUGGAAGGAGAAACAGAGAGGGAUGGUGAUUGGGCAGAGGAGAGGAGUGGUGCUGAUGUGAAGAGAAGAGACGGAGAUAGAAAGAUGAUGGAAUGAUGCUGCUGGCCUGAGAUGAUGAUAGAAAAGCCCUUGUGGGCCCACAGCAGUUCUUCAUUUUACCGGUUUAUCAUUUCCUUUUUUUUUUUAAUUUCCUUGAUGCCUUUAUUCCAUUUUACUCAUUGGGUUAUUUUUAUUUCCUCCCUAUGCCUGUGUGAUUUUGUUGAUAUUUAUAGCUACUAGUACACUUUAAGGAAAUCAUCACUGACUGUUUUUUCUUUUCCAUUUUUAUGGCAGCUCUUGUUAAGUUGUAGGAUAUAAUCAGGAAAUCCCAGAUUGCCUGCUUGUGUCAGGCCUGGGAGCACAGAUGAAGCUGGAUGCUAACUAUAGUUCAUGUUUCUUUUGAUUAGGUGAAAUAUACUUGUUUACAAUCAAACCCACAGUUUGAGAAAACAGCUAGCCCUGCUGAAUCUGAAAGCAUAGACCAGUUAACAGUCCUAUUUCCAUCUUGUGCACAACAUGUCCCUGUCCUGUUUCAACAUGACAGUGUCCCAGGGAAAAAAAAUCUAAUCUUUUCCAACAUCUGGUGAAGAACCUGAAACCAGACAAGUUGAGACAGGAGCUUUCAUCUCCUAUUAAUUUUGACAGCCCUUGUUUACAAAAGCGGUAGUGUUUCCAGGAAGGAAGACUGCAUUUCCCACAACCACCGACACCUCUUUUUGUAAAGAUCUGAUAGUGAUCUUUACACUAUGCACUGAUAGUGCGUUUGUUUUGGAAGCAAGUGAGUGAAAUUUUUUCAACAGCUGUUUGCAGGAUGCACAGGGAUGAGGUAAUGUAUCUAUUUGUGGCUGUGUUAAAAUUAAUAAGGGACUGUUCUCUCUCUCUUGCUCUUUUUUAUUUAUUUAUUUUGGUAGUCCCCGAAGCUACAAAUAUUUUUCCUCCAGCCUCCCUGGGUGACUGGCUGAAAAUGCAAUGCCCUCCCUCCCCUAUAAAUUGGUUUGGAGAUUUUUUUUAAAACUUCCUGAUAGAGGUGGGGGAAAAAUUGAUACAGCAUAGUAUCACGAUAUUUUUGUGUGGCAAUUUUGUAUCGUCUCACAGUGCUAAGUAUCAGUGUUUUUAAUCACAUAAAUUAGUAAUAAUAAUAGAUACAAAUUAAACGUUAUCAAUUGCUUUUUCAGUUCACUAGUUACAUUUUACAACUGCAAAUAAAUGGCUGAAGGGGCAUAAACAUACUUAAAACUUAAUCAUAAAAGAUAAAACAGAUGUUGACAAAGUUUUCCUUUGGGGAUGUAAUUUACAUUAAAAAAAAAAGAAAAAAAUCACAAUAUAUUUUAUUGCAAGACUCAGCAUAUUGCAGCAUACUUACAAUAGCAAUAAUAUUGUAUCAUGACUCAAGUAUCAUGAUGAUAUGGUAUCGUGGGUCCUCUGCUUAUUCCCACCCCUACCCUUAGAUGUUUGAAAGUUAAAAGUUGAAGACAACAAAAGCCUUUUUUUCUCCACUCUUGUCCUGCAUGCUGUUUAGUUCGUGCAAACACCUUAUUUUUGGCCAAAUUUUAAAUGACAGACAUAGCAUAAAGUGAUUUUGAUAAAAUAUCAGUAUUUUAAGCUCAAAUUGGGUUCUGUUUUUUGUCUGACAGAAGUGUUUGUCGCACAUGAUGUGUCCAAGGAUGGUCAGAAAUUUGAAAAUCCCACUAUAAUUUUUGUUUUUACAGUUUCUGGCUGUGAUAAAUGGUGUAAUUUUGGUGUAAGUUUAAAGUAACAUGCCCUCCAAUACCAUCAGGUUUAAAAGGCAUGUUUUGUUUUUUUUGUUGUUUUUUUUAAAUCUGGGGUAAAAAAAAUAAAUAAAAUAAAAAAACAUGCCUUUUGAAUUUGUAUGUUCCUCCCCUAAGCCAGAAUACAAAACACAAGCCCUCCCCCACUAAAAUAUGACUGUGGUUAAACAAAGUAAAGCUGCCCCCUGAAAGUCGGAGGUUCAAAUCAUCAGUCGGAAACCCCUCCAUUUACUGAGAUUUCUUUCAAGUUGAGCAGUUGAUUUUUUUUUUAUUUUUUUUUUUUUUGUCAAUCAGUGUGCUGUGCAAUGUACUUUUGGGGGAGUUUUGGUCCCCAGAUUUUGCUGCAGAGCGAGUGUCCUCACUUUCAUGCUGCUCCUCAGUGCAGUCAGCUGCGUACACAGUGGCAGCUGCCUGGAGGAGGGGAGGCUUUGCAAGGUCAGACUCCGUGAUAACAUUGUUGUCUCUCCUCUUCUUAGAAGUGGUGAAUUUACAGCUCACAGCAACUUAAUACAAUACGGUCUCUGGCGUUAUUUCUGAUAUCCAGUGUUGGCCAAAAAAAAUGUUGCACAUUGCAGAUCCAUCAUUAGUGCAGUCAGCUUGGCUACUACAUUAUGUGAAUGUCACUGUCACCUAAAUGUCCCGCAGAUGUUUGGUGGUUUCUCGGCACACUGAAUCGCAAACUCUGUUGGUACACUGUGUUCGAGUACAGGGUGUAGCUGUUGCUGCAGAAGUGUGAGCUCCGUGUCAGGGACAGGCCUAAAAGUCCUGGCUGUGCACACACAUUGACAGGGCUAACUGUUAGGAUCACAGAGCUAAUAUUACAUAACGGUUAUUAAGUGGUUUAAGGACAGAGUUGCGCCUUUUUCAUGUUGGUGUAAGUUUGUUGGGACUGUUUAACGGCUCGGUGUUGGAUUUUAGCAGCUGCUGUUGUGUUAGCUUGUGCUAAACAGACUGGCAUUGAACUGACAGUCUGCCGUGAGGGGCACAACUUUGAAAAUGGCAACAACAAAAAUUUUGCUGAACAGGCAGGGGGUCGGUCAGGUCACAUCAGCCACCGGGUAAGACCCUCGGCAAAGCUGAAUAGACCUGAGAGCAGAGUGAGCAACAGGUAGCUGUCAUUUCUGAAAGAAAUCAUCCUUAGCUAAUAAAAACACACAGGUGAUAAGCUCAAUAAUUAGCUGGCUCAUUAAUAAUUUACGCUUCUUCAUCUUCUUCUUCCGACUCUCUGUCAGUCUCUGCAUCUCCUCCAUGGUAAAUUUCAGAUGGCAUGCACGUUACAAAGCAGUGAAUUAAUACUGCCACAGUCAGGGCAGCAGGUUAGUGGAGUGAGUACAUAGAUGUAUAAUGGUGUACUCACACCGAAUGUGAGGCAAAUUUUUUGCGUUGUGUUGCUUGCGAGCAUACGGCCGCUGGAGUGGUUUUAUAAGUAUUUUGCAUAUGGUGAUAAUUUGGAGUAUGUCUCAAAUUGCAGACUUCCGUUACACGUAGUACACUAUGUACACUACUUACUUCUUGCGUGGUGCACUAAUUUCAGCAGGGUAGUGUUGUCUUAAAUUUCGCCCUUACCGGAAGUGACAAUGGCUUUCUUUUUUUUUAACCACCUCUUCUACAUUUUAUUUUUAAUUGCAAACAGACGGUGGAACAUAUUCGCCAACAUUUGGCUGCUAUCUCCACCAACACAAAACAAAAGUACACCACAUGAUCAGUGCUGAUCAAAAUGUAUAUAUAAUCUCAAAAUAAAAAAAAUCAUGUUCCUUUGCUUCCUCCUUCGGAAUUUGCUAGACUCCACCACAGCUGAAUGAAAACAAUCAAUCAGAGCUGAGGUGUGUCUGUCAGUCAUCAGUCAGACGCUGCUUGUGAAUUGCAGUCAAACUGUCAAACUAGGCAGCGCUGAUCAAAUAUGAAUCAAGAUACUGUUGCUGCAUUGCGUAUUUCUCUUCUCAAAUGUUUUUGGAAACAUAUUUUAGUGUGCUGUUUAGCUGUAAAAUGAGAAGUUUGUGACUCACCCUCUAUGUUGGAAAGUCGAGCCAAAACCAAGCACCGCACACCAUAAAAAAUUUUCAAAAAUAAAUUUGUAAUGUAAUCGACUAACAUACUACUCAGUGGGAAGGUUUGCCUCUGAAAAUGCAUACUGUUGUAUAUUGUUUUAUCGUUUAGUGUAAUUUCACAGGAUUAGGACCCGGGAACAUCCAUCAAGAAUAGCUAUACAGAAAUUAUGAUAAAAUAUAUUGCAAUGUAUUACAAUUAAUGAUGUUUUCAGUAUUAAAUUAUGCCCCCAAAACUUUGUCAACAUCUAUUUUAUUUAAUAAGAUAAAGUUUGCUCUGUCUGUUCA